AUGAACUUCAAAUUUCUCUCCGCUCUUCUGCUCGUGGCUAAUGAAGCCCUGGCUCAGACUCCUCCCGGCUUUUCACCCUCUACCAAGAAUACCCUCGGUGUCAAGUACGGCAAUAUUAACGCCUCGAAUGGUGACUUGGUACCUAUUAGCGAUGCAGCCAUGUCUUCCACCCUUAGCUUUGCAUCCAACAACGCAUCCCAUGUCGUUGUCCUAGUCGAUCUCGAUGCGCCCAACGGCACCGACAGCCACGCCUACGCGCCCUUUCUGCACUGGGUCAAGUUUAUCCCCUCCGGUGUAACCACCCUCCCUGGCGGCCCUCCUCUCAACAUGUCCGACUUUGCUCCCUAUUUUGGUCCUGCCCCCCCUCCAGGCACUGGUCCCCAUCGCUAUGUUACCCUACUCUUCGGCACCCAAAACAGCACAUUCCAAGUUCCGCCAAGCUUCAAGCAGUUCAACGGCACCGAGGUCACUGAUCGCAUCAAGUUUGACAUUGAGACUUUUGUGGAUGAGGGAAGGCUGGAUCUGGUCGCUGCCAAUUGGUUUACAAGCGAGAAUAACACAGCUGUUGCAGCAGUUACCAACGAUGCUCCUCGCAUGGGAGUUGCCGGAGCUGCAGCCUUAGUGGCUUUUGGUCUUCUCAGAUUUGCUUCUCAGUUGAUUUGA